AAAUUACUAACUUACAGUUACAUACAGUAUAACAUUUUGUUUCAGCCAAUCUAUUAUAGUGUAUAACAACUAUGAUUGUCUAUUAAAAAUUUAAUUAUGGAGUUAUUUAUAUCAAAUUUAAGUGUAACAUGUUUACUAGUAGUGUUAACAUUGACGCAUACUGAAUGUGCUCAUAUCGAGUUGUUUGCCAUAGACAUUACACAAAAUGACAAACUCGAUCUGGAUGUUAAAUGUUACUAUGGGAUGGAUGAUUAUGGCACAUAUUACGAGGAUUUUACGGGACUUACGAUCAAAUUGAAUAACAUAUCUCUAUACACAUGGGACCAGAGCGCGGGAGAGACGCCAGAACUCAAUAGGACUUCUGGUCUUGACUUAGAGCCCAAACAACAAAAGGGUUGGUUUGUCAUCAAGAAUGCCGGUGUGAAUGCUCUGGGUCUGUAUCAAUGCGAUAUAUACUACAACUGUAAGGAAGAACCAAGGGAACUGGUCAUGAAGGGCGGCAUAACGGUGUGGAUGGAUGAGCAUAACCAGGUUCAUCAAUCGGGAGGGGUCACAGACUCGCCAUUCCCUACUGACCCCCCGCCAACUGAACCAAAUAUUGGUCAAAUACCACCGAUUCUAUCUACAGACACUCCGAGCCACAUACCCGUUAGCCCUCCCAUUCCAGAUAUAAGUGAUAUGAAUGUCAUUUCGGGAAUGUGCUUGAUCACAUGA